AAAGAACGGAAAAUUGCAUGCAAACAAGAAACAAGACAAAUGAUCUUGAUGCAUUGCGGGGGGAAAGCGCCGUUUUAAGAGGCAACAUUGUGGAUUGACACUGAGGCUCAACAGCUUUUGGAGACGGGCGUAUUUUUUGCAGUGCGGUUAAUGCUGAAGUCAUUCUCCCGUCUCAUACAACAGCAGCCAAGGACAAGGGAGCAUCAGCAGAGAGAGGGAACAGAGGAGAGAGAAAGGUGCCUCCUCCUCUCGCCAUUUGCGAUAACUGUCUCGGUGUUGACUCGGUGUCGGUGUCCAUGCUGCUCUAACAAGGAGGCGAUAGGAGUGCUGGAUUUAACUUCACACACGGACAAACCUAUGCUUGGAUUUCGGCUCUUUUUCCCUUCGCCAAUGCAAAAGGAAAUAUGCAGCGAAGCUUCACCAUUCUCUACACCAGUUUACUGGGGAUGUGCUUGGGAUCAAGCUCAAGUUUUCCAAGUAACAUCAAUAUAGGAGGAUUGUUCCCAACCGAAUCGCACGAAUAUGAGGUUUUUCGUUUCGCCCUGUCUCACCACCAGGACAUCCCCAAACUGGUGCCGCAGGUGGAUAUGGUCAAGAUGGGGAAUAGCUUCUCCAUGACAUAUGCCUUUUGCUCCCAGUUCUCCAAAGGUGUGUACGCCAUCAUCGGCCUGUAUGACAGGAAGACGGUAAACAUGCUCAUGUCCUUCUGUGGCGCGCUGCAUGUCUGCUUCGUCACGCCGUCCUUCCCCAUCGAGACGGCCAACCAGUUCGUCAUCCAGCUGCGGCCUGAGCUGCAGGACGCUCUGGUGGGAGUGAUCGACCACUACGGAUGGACCAAGUUUGUCUACAUGUACAGUUCUGACUCAGGGCUGUCAGUGCUGCAGAAGGUCCUGGACACGGCAGCGGAGAGGAACUGGCUCGUGACUUCGGUCAACGUGGAGACCAUGACGGAGGCCUCCUUCUUGAAAGUGUUCCAGGAUUUGGACAAGAGGAAGGAGGGCCAGAUUAUCAUCGAUUGUGAGACCGAGAGGCUCACUGGCAUCCUCAAAAAGAUUGUUGAACAAGGCAAGAAUGCAAAGAGCUACCACUACAUCCUGGCUAACCUGGGCUUCCUGGACAUCGACCUGACAGACCUGAGGAAAGGCGGGGCCAACAUCACCGGCUUCCAGCUCGUCAAUAACUCUGAGCCCAGCGUGAGCCGCGUCGUCCAGCAGUGGCUGGAGUUUGACAACAAAGACUCCAAAGUGCCCAAGAGUGGACUCAAAUACACAGGCGCUCUCACAUACGACGGGGUGAAAGUCAUGUCCACAGCCUUCCAGAAUCUAAGGAGACAGAGGAUAGACAUCUCUCGCAGGGGCAACGCUGGAGAGUGUCUUGCCAACCCACCAGCUCCCUGGGGACAGGGCAUAGACAUCCAGAGAGCCUUGCAGCAGGUCCGUAUAGACGGAUUGACUGGUCACAUUCAGUUCAAUGAGAAAGGCCGCCGAACCAACUACACUGUUAGCGUCAUGGAACUGGCCCCCUCCGGACCGAAAAAGGUCGGCUACUGGAACGAAGAUGAAAAGUAUGUGACUACUGCCAGCUUUGUGAGAGGCAGCAACGACACUUACGGCCUGCAGAACAGAACUUAUAUUGUCACCACUAUCUUGGAGUCACCAUAUGUGAUGCUGAAGAAGAACCACGAACAGCUUGUGGGAAAUGACAAGUACGAGGGCUACAUUGUCGAGCUGGCUGCAGAGAUAGCCAAACAUGUGGGCUACCAGUACAAACUGAAGGUUGUUUCAGAUGGCAAAUAUGGAGCCAGAGACCCGGAAACCAAGAUGUGGAACGGCAUGGUGGGAGAACUGGUGUACGGGAAAGCAGAUGUGGCUGUGGCCCCUCUGACCAUCACCCUGGUCCGUGAAGAAGUGAUCGACUUCUCCAAGCCCUUCAUGUCCCUGGGUAUCUCCAUUAUGAUCAAGAAACCCACCAAAUCCAAACCUGGUGUGUUUUCAUUCCUGGACCCGCUGGCAUACGAAAUCUGGAUGUGCAUUGUGUUUGCCUACAUUGGCGUCAGCGUCGUCCUGUUCCUCGUCAGUCGAUUCAGCCCGUAUGAGUGGCACGCUGAGGACUACGAGGAGGGUGGUGAGCCGCAGACGCCCACCCAAGCAUCAGCCUCCAACGGGGUGCAGCAGGGCCAGACACAGGCACAGCAGAACAGCAACCAGCAGAGUCCUGAGCAGACCAAUGAGUUCGGCAUCUUUAACUCCCUUUGGUUCUCCCUGGGCGCCUUCAUGCAGCAGGGCUGCGACAUCUCACCACGCUCUCUGUCUGGCCGAAUUGUUGGAGGCGUCUGGUGGUUCUUCACCCUCAUCAUCAUCUCAUCCUAUACUGCCAACUUGGCUGCUUUCCUGACGGUGGAGAGGAUGGUGUCUCCUAUAGAGAGUGCUGAGGAUUUGGCCAAGCAGACGGAAAUCGCCUAUGGAACGCUGGAUGCCGGCUCCACCAAAGAAUUCUUCAGGAGGUCGAAGAUCGCCGUGUUUGAGAAGAUGUGGUCCUACAUGAAGGCGGCUGACCCGUCCGUGUUUGUCAAGACCACAGAUGAGGGCGUGAUGAGGGUCAGGAAGUCCAAGGGCAAGUAUGCCUACCUGUUGGAGUCCACGAUGAACGAGUACAUAGAGCAGAGGAAACCGUGCGAUACUAUGAAGGUGGGAGGAAACCUGGACUCUAAAGGUUAUGGCAUCGCCACGCCCAAGGGCUCCCCUCUCAGAAACCCAGUAAACCUGGCAGUGUUAAAACUGAACGAGCAGGGCCUCUUGGACAAAUUGAAAAACAAGUGGUGGUACGACAAGGGAGAGUGCGGCAGCGGGGGCGGGGACUCCAAGGACAAGACGAGCGCUCUGAGCCUCAGCAAUGUGGCGGGAGUCUUCUACAUCCUGAUCGGCGGCCUGGGCCUGGCCAUGCUGGUGGCGCUGGUGGAGUUCUGCUACAAGUCCAGGACCGAAUCGCGCCGAAUGAAGCAAUCCAUCAACGACGCCAUGCGCUGCUCCACCCUGACCAGGAUGAGUGGCAACGGAGCGGCGGAGAGAACGGACGAAUCCUCACCCACGAUCCCCAAGACCGUUCAGACGCUGCCCUGUAUGAGCCACACCGCCAGCAUGGGACUGGGUGCCUCCGGCUGUGAUUAUCACAUGACUGUGCUGGCGGCGAGGAAUAGGCAGGGUGGGGCAGGAAAAAAAGAGCACAAGACUCUAAUGAUCAAAAUCAUGGCUGUCUGGUUUGACCCAUCUAUUCUCCCGGCUGUCAGCGCGCCCGACUUGAACAAGACUUUACCUACUGCCAAAAUGCACUCUCAAACCGCUCCUUACAAACUACGAACAGAGACUUGCAACAUUUUUUUUAAUAAGUGGAUGUUUGCAAAAGAGAUAUGGGGAAAAAAAGAAGGGAAAUGUGCUGCAAUAAAGAAGCGGGCGUGUUUUUGAAUUUUUUACGGUGUUCAUUUGUGUGGGGAAAAAAAGAACUUUAUUCUUCAGUGUGACGCCUGCGCUGUGCCAUUUCGAUGGAGCUGUUUGACGUUAGUCUGCGUGUGCAAUAUCUUCACCUCCACUGCUGACCUUGUACUACCUAGAUGCUUUCUGAUGGCUGACGAAACGUGUCUUUGCACAGAUGUGGCAGAGGAGGACAAACACUUGUGACUGCUACGAUGAUUUAAUAUUGUUUUGGGACAUUCCCGCUCUCUUUCACUCUCACAUUUACACGCCAUUUUGGAAGGACAAAGUGCUCCGUGUAGCAUAGCCAGUUUUUAUGAUAUAGUAUAUGGUUUACACUGUUGUUGUAAGAGCUUUGUCAAAAGUAGAUUGAUUUAUCCUCGACUGAAGGUUAACGCUGUGUAAAUCAGCAGCUGAACAGGCUACAACAAACAUGCAUUGCUGCUACACCUCAUUUAACACAUCAUGCCUUGUCUUUGUGCCAUAUGACCAUUCUCACAAAAUGCACACAGAAACACUUACUGGGUCAUAUGUUUGACCAACAGAUAAAUAGAGAGUUUUACUAUUUAAUGAUCACAAAAACAGUCAGAGGGCAAAUUCAGAAAUGCUCACUUUGACCCGAGAAAGGUGAUAGAAUAGAGAAAAGACACAUUACUCUGUGGCUAUGUACAGUACUGAGUGACCUUACACUGUAUUCUACUGUUGUGACAUUCAUAGCAUAUCCAUUGAUAUACUAGGGAGUCUAUCCGCAGCACAUGUCAUAUAACAAAGAUCGACAAAUUCAGAUAUAAUCUGGAGAAAAUAAUCCUCAAACUAUUGUUGGAGCUGUUGCUGCAUAUUUUACUCCCUCCUGUGAUGUAUUUUCAGCUCUAUUCAGUUUUAAUGAAAUGGGCAGCACAGCUAUUCACUCUCAAUUCAUUGAGAUCCCCUGCAGAUUGUGCAUGGCCUAGAAAAGGAAAGUUGGCCUCCUCUUGCUGUUGCUAGCUAGCUCAGGAAGGAGGCGGGAUUAAAACACUCGGUGUGACUGACAGAUUCACAGUUACUUUUAUCUUUGUUUAUUGGAUAUCAAGGUUAUGUGGUCACCGCACUGCUCGGCUGUAGAGUUCUCCCUUUCAGAUCAUGUAAAGGAAACAGAAAUCAGAGUGGCAGGCCCUGAACAGUAGAGGGCAGAGAUGACAAAGGGCAGACAGAGAGUCUGAGUUGGGCAUGUUGGCCUUAAAGGAAAAAUCCACCUGAAGACACUUCAGUACUGCUAACACAAAAUGACUAUUGGUGAUGUACUUUGCAUUUCUUGGCCUGUUUUGUCGGUUUGCGGAGUAUUUUACAUUCUCAUGACUGACCAGCAUUGACAACAGCAGAAUAUUUAAAGGACAUGGUUAUAUAAACUCGUGAAAGGACAUGAUAACAAUAUGUCGGGUGUCCUGUAUUUCUGUGAAGCAGUGAGGAUUUGGCAAUAUUUAACACAAAAUGUGAUGACAGUUAUCAGGUUGCCGUAGGCCACUGUCAAUCAAACCUGAUUAAACCUACUGCACCCACACAGUCCUGAUAAAGCUGAUUAGUUCUUAAAUGUUAAACUCUUAUUGAAUAACACUUGCAACAACAACAAGUCUUCACUGUGCAUCUUUCAUGAUAAAGUUUCUGCCUUUUAUUUUUGUAGUGGAUUUAAUACUUUCUGAUUUCCCUACCCUGCCACUCAAUCAACCUUGAUUCCUACAGAUUCACAUACUCAAUACAGCUCAAAAAGCAUAGUUUCAUUUGUAAAAUAUGCUUAGUAUUUUCCUAAAAUGGCCAGGUACUGUAGGUUUAACCAAGUGUCACUCAAACUGGAAUAAAUAGUGAAUUUGUCUGAGACUAUUUUCAGCAGUGGAUUAAUACACAUUUGGUGCUUUAGUAACUUUAUAUAUAGCAGCCUGACGGUGUGGGAUUUACUAAAAAAAAAAAAACGGUGCCCAUAUUUAUGAUAAUGAGGGAAAAUGUCAGCCAGUGCAGCACCGGGGCUCAAGGAUGUGUUUUUAAUAGUCAAUCUUAGUAAAUGUUAAAGAUCCCCAUAGAUAUUAUUGGAUGUUUUACAACCUCUAACGCUGUGUCAGCCACUGCCAGUUACAGGCUAACAAACAACAUAAACUAGUAAAACAUUUAAUGUUCACUUUCUGUUCUGGUAACGCCAGCUAUUUGGUGCACAACAGACUCCUCGUCUGAGUCUGGAGGCUCAAACAUGCAUGACUGAAUCUCUCCUACAUUUCCUCUUAAGUUUCAUUCAUGCUCCCUUUACGUACAAAAGUUUCAAACUUCCUUUACAUUGGUAUGGAUGUCAAGAAACAUAUCCACUAGAGGGCAGGGCUGCUCAGAGGCAAACAUGGCAACAGUUGAGCUUGUAAUAAUGUACCACUUUGCACCAUGUGGACAGAGAUAGUUUUAUUUUUUACUAACAUCACCUAAAAAAAUUACCCGUUUUUAAAAAUUCUUCUUCUGAUCCUAUGAUUGUGUCUUGCCUAAACUGUUACAGACAGAAGGCUCCAUUUACAUAUCUCACGAUGAGCAUUACUGAUCUUUAACACAUCUCACUGGUCAAACUAGAUGGCGGUGGUGGCAUAGACUGCAUAAUAAUAGUGGACUGAGUCACUGUGAUGUCAGCAUAUGGUUUGUGGACUCUGGAUUUGAAGUCUCCAGUUUUGCUUUUUGUCCAUCUCUAACUUGGUUUAUGGCCGUUGCCAAAUUGUAUUUUUGCAACCAGCACAUGCACAGAACAGCGCAGGAGUCGGAACGACACUACAACACUAACCAAGCUAGCUAGCUAGGUAGCUAGCAAAUGGCAAUUGUUAUUUAAACUACAGCAAACUCCUUAGAGUUUCUUUUAGUCCAACCGAACACUGAGCAAGACAUUUUUAGAUGACCAAAAUGAUGUAGUUAACUUUGAUUAAUUGAAAACUAACUGUGAAAGGGUCAAAGCUCAAAGACGGGCUGUGGUCGCGACCUGUCAAUCAUAAGUAAGCUCCACCCUAAAGCGUAACCUGCUUUAUCGUCUAUUUUACUCUAAGUGGGACCAUAAUUUGCAAAAUAAACAUCUUGCUGUAUUGAAGACAUGACUAUAAACUCAUACUCAAAAUGCAGCUUUCAUGCACUUCUGCAUUGGCUUCACUUUUCAGGCCCAGAGGUUGCAGCUUGGCGUGGCAGAGACCAAAUCCACAAUUUAUCAGUGAGGGGGGGGAAGAGUAGAUGUGCUUCCAACCUGUUUUCCAAGGUGUUCCAAAUAUCAAUCCCCGCAGACAUUGUUGGUUUUAGUCUUUUCAUGAGAAAUAUUCACAAUAAGAGAGAAACUGAAUGUUGCCAGCCUUAUCUUUUCAACUCAACAGUCUGAGAGGUGAAAACUGUCAAAGCAGGAAAGAGACCAAAAGCAGUUUUUCACAGUGCAUCACAGCCAGAGGCUAUGUAAAGGGUACAUUCUGUGCCUUCUUCCAACACGAGCAUCUUUCCCUCUUACCUCUCACUUUCCCUCCCCCCACCUACACAGAUAUUUCACUGCAGGGUACAACAAUUUCAGAUACCUGGAUGAUCAGAAAUAGGAAAUCUUUCAGUUAAGUCCGAGCAGAUGAAGCAGGUUGGGAAAAAAUGGCAACAUAAGUCCUGAAAUGCACUGAACAUCAUCAUCAUCACACAUGGUCGAUAUAUCUAAGAGUUCAGCAGUGCCCAAAGGUGUGAUUUUACUUUAAGGUGACUGGAAGGUUGUUGCUUGAAAUGGGAUUUUAACUGCUGCUGGAUGCCAGAGGUCAGCUUUAGAUUAUGUACCGCACACUCCAGCUGACCUCUCGUUUCACAGCAGAGGCCAAGCGCCUGUACAAAGGCAGCACUCAUCCCCUGCUUCCACUGCUGGCCGUGUAUUAGUUUUCUUCUCCUCUGAGUUUCUGCUUUAAAAAAAAAUACGGUACCAAAUCUAAUGUAUGACCUCUCUUUCUCUACAUCGUCAUACAAGCAAGAAAAAUGGGCAGUCAGAGUUUACUGAAAUCAUACAUAUCUCCACCUAUUAUGUAUAUAAAAGGCUUUUCUCUUCCCCCGAGUGAAAAUGUUUGUUCUCCUCCCAAUCAAGCCUCAGUGUACCUGAAUUAGUUACCUACCGCGUGAGUACUUUUCCUUUCUUCCCUCAUCUAUGCGUCUUCUUUUGCUGAUGUUGUAUUAAUUAGAACACAGCACAGCACUCUUCAGUGGAGGCUUUACCUCCAGACAGAUGUUUUAUAUGCCAUAACAGAUUUGUAAAAAAAAGAAGAAAAAAAAGACACUAAAUGUUUGUAUUAUAAAGGAGAGUCGGGGUGCCGGAAAAGUGUUAUACACUUUGAUGGUUGUAAAAAUUAAAACACACACACACACUGAUGUUGAAUAAUCUGUAGACGCUGAUGUUGUUUAAAGCCAGUUUUGAGUUAAUUUCAUUUUAUUUUGUUGCAAUUUCAAAAAGGAUUUCCUGUUGGUGUUUUUUAAGUGCUUGAAAUUUAACACCAUUUAAAUAUUUCUUUGUCGUUUUUCCUUUUUCACAGUAUUUUAUUACUGGAAUCUAAUCAACAGUUUGUUCAUCAGAAACAUCAUUAUUGUUGUUUUUUUAAACUAUGGCAAGGGUGUUACUGAGUUUUAAAAUUAAAAUGAUGGUCAAUAAAUGGGUUCACAGUAUAAAAAAAGUAAAUAAUACAACUAUUAGGAACCAGACUUUUGAGAAAUAAACGUUUUUUUCUAACCAAAGUGUCCUGGAAGGAAGUCAUCAUGCUUUUGUAACUGAAUAAAGGAAUAAACUAUG